GAAGCCUUGAAGCCUCAAAUACAGCUCAGUUGGAUGCCAAAAGAUCUUGACUGUGAAAAAAUAAACACUUCUCACCGCCAUUAAACACUGGACUUCAUGGAUUAUCCUAAAUAAAAGGGUAGAGAGAGAGAAAGAAUGCCUUUAAUAUGGGAGCCUUUCGUAGCUGUACCGCGUACGGUUGCCCCAUUUUCAAGACCCCACCAUGCAAGGAAAAACAUGGGAAAUAACCCAUCAAAAUGCAUUAAAUGAUGCGUAGUCUCACCAAUAUACAAUUGGCCCUACGAUGAACAGCGUAGAAAUUUCAGCUAUGUCUCCCAUCUUGUUCGCACACCCGUAUAAAUUAGCUCAUAAGCUCUCUGAAAAAGAUAAGAAAUCAAAUAAGUUUCAAACAAGCUCUUUAACUAUCAUUACUCUGAGAUGUCUGAUGCCAAGAGAACUGGGGAAGAAAGCAGAGGCCUAAUGAAGCUUGAGCAUUUCAUUAGAAAACUUCAGCUGGUUCUCUCACUCGUACCAUCUAAAAGGAUGGUGGUUCAGGAUGAUGUUGAGUAUGAUGAAGAACUGGAAGCAGCAACAAUGGUGCCGGAUGAUGUAAAGGAAGGCCAUUUUGCAGUCUGGGCGGUUAUGGGUGGAGAGCCAAAGAGGUUCAUUGUUGAUUUGUGCUACCUUACUAAUCCUGCAUUCUUAAGGUUGCUGGAGCAAGCUGAAGAAGAAUAUGGAUUUGAACAGAAGGGAACUCUUGCAGUCCCUUGUCAACCGGAAGAGUUACAGAAGAUUCUGCAACCCAGGAGAGAGCCAACUGCAAUGGCUAGAAGGUGGGCUACCUGUAAAUUAUGAUGCCAUCACUAGACAAAGUUGCAAGAAGAAUAUAUAUAUCUAUUCUUGUAUUCUUUUUAGAUAGCUUCUCCAAGUUGGUUGUUCUUGGUUUCUUGGAGCAGGUAUAAUCAUAGUACUUCUCUGAUUAUUUCCUCUUUUGUUAAAAGUUAGCAUUGAUCUGUAAUCAUCUGUUCAAAGGACAUAAUGAUUUGUGAAUUGAUUAAGCAUCAUACUUUAUGUACACAAACAGAGGACUCCCUCUUUCCUUUUC